AGAAAUUCUCUGUCACUGAGAAAAGGGACGCAACUGACACAUCAGAGGCCUCGAUGGUGCUUGUAGGUGCUCUGGAGUUCCUGGAGAGGCCUACAAUAGUAUUUGUGCGUCUGCGGGAUGCUGUGGUGCUGGAGUCGGCCCUGGAAACUCCCGUGCCUGUGCGGUUCAUCUUCAUUAUGAUUGGCCCAACCACAGCUGAUGUGGACUAUCACGAGUGUGGCCGAACAAUGGCAGCACUACUAGCUGACAAAGUGUUUAACCAGGCAGCUUUUCAGGCUCAGACUGACAGAGAGUUGAUCGAUGCUGUGGGAGACUUCAUGGACUGCUGCAUUGUGAUUCCACCCACUGAGAUUCAGGAUGAGUCCAUGCUAACAUCACUCAUCCCCUUCCAGAAGAAACUACUGCAAGAGAAACUCCGCCCAUCUGACCCCAAACUCCGCCUGGAUGUCAAACCUCGCAAGCCUUCAAAGUCCUCAGGACCCCCUUCAGAGGAUCCACUAGAACGUACUGGUGUUCUGUUCGGUGGCAUGAUUAGAGACAUGAAGAGACGGUAUCAACACUACGUCAGUGACAUCACUGAUGCUCUGAACGCUCAGGUUGUCGCUGCAAUCAUCUUUAUCUACUUUGCUGCUCUCUCCCCAGCCAUCACCUUCGGAGGUCUCCUUGCUGAUAAGGUGGAUAACAUGAUGGGUGUUUCAGAGCUGAUGAUCUCCACUUCAGUGCUGGGCGUUAUCUUCUGUCUGAUUGCUGCCCAACCUGUACUAGUUAUCGGCUUUUCUGGGCCACUGCUGGUGUUUGAAGAGGCCUUUUUUAAUUUCUGUGAGUCUCAGGACAUUGAGUACAUCGUAGGCCGGGUAUGGGUUGGCGCUUGGCUGGUGGUCAUCGUUGUGGUCAUUGUUGCCUUUGAAGGAAGCUUCCUGGUCCGCUUCAUUUCCCGCUUCACUCAAGAAAUCUUCUCCAUCCUCAUCUCCCUCAUCUUCAUCUAUGAGACCUUUGCCAAACUUGGCAGGGUUUUCAAAGAACACCCUCUUAUCCUGAAUUACGAGCAAUUAAACAGCAAUGUCUCUGUGGUGAGGUCCGUUCAACACCGGCCUUAUCCCAACACAGCCCUUCUGUCCAUGUGUCUCAUGUUUGGCUGCUUUUCUAUUGCAUACUACCUACGCAUGUUCAAGAAUGGCAAAUUCCUACCAGGCAAGAUUCGACGUCUGCUUGGUGACUUUGGAGUUCCCAUUGCAAUUUUCCUCAUGGUUGCUGUCGAUAUAAAUAUUGAAGAUACAUACACUCAGAAACUGGUUGUGCCUAAGGGUCUACAGGUGUCCAACCCUAAAAUGCGAGGAUGGUUAAUAAACCCUUUGGGUGAACACAAGUCCUUCCCAAUAUGGCUGAUGUUCGCAUCUAUUGUCCCAGCUAUGUUGGUCUUCAUCCUCAUCUUCCUAGAGUCUCAGAUUACCACGCUAAUUGUGAGUAAACCAGAGAGAAAAAUGGUCAAGGGCUCUGGCUUCCACAUGGAUCUUCUCAUCCUGGUGAGCAUGGGAGGUCUGAGUGCCAUUUUUGGCAUCCCUUGGUUAAGUGCCGCAACUGUACGAUCUGUAUCUCAUGCCAAUGCCCUGACUGUCAUGAGCAAAGGCCCAAAACCAGAGAUUGAAAAGGUUCUGGAACAGAGAGUCAGCGGAGUAGUGGUGGCUUUGCUUGUUGGUCUGUCCAUUCUCAUGGAGCCAAUUCUAAAAAUGAUUCCUAUUACAGCUCUCUUUGGAAUCUUCCUCUACAUGGGAAUCACAUCCCUCAGCGGGAUUCAGCUUUGGGAUAGAAUCCUGCUCCUCCUUAUCCCCAAAAAGUAUCACCCCAAUGAACCCUAUGCUACAAAAGUCAGCACCAGUAGGAUGCACGUGUUCACUGCGAUCCAGAUCGUGUGUCUGGCAAUCCUGUGGAUGGUGAAAUCGAGCCCUGUGUCACUGGCUCUACCGUUUGUCCUGAUCCUCACCAUCCCUCUGCGCAUGUUCAUGACUGGACAACUUUUCACUGAGCAAGAGAUUAAAUAUCUUGACGGUGAUGAUGCCAAGGCAACAUUUGAAGAGGAGCCGGGAGUGGAUGUGUAUUCUGAAACUCAGAUGCCAUUAUAGAUCAUUUUACUGGAACCAGAUUCAUAUUUCACAAUCUGAGUCAGCAGAAUUAGAGUGCAGCCAACAUAUGAAAAUUUUGACAAAAUGAUACCCAACUUCAACCCAUAGUGCAACUUUCACAAACUCAUUUUAUUGAUGUGUGUGUGUGUGUUGGGAUUCUCUGUUAAUUAUUGUUAUAAUGGUCAUCAUGACAUGCUUAAUUUGUAUGUACAAACAAGUGCCUUUUAUGAGGUCUU